AUGAACAUCGAUAAUACAAUUAAUAUAUUGCCAUUGUCGCUAUCCACUAUUUGGAAGAGUCGAGGCGUCGAGCGUCUACGACUUUACUAUCGAUUUCCAUUUUAUAUUGCACUAAUUAGUUUUGGGAUAGGGUUGAUUGAUUGCAUUAAUUUGGGAUAUCCAGCAAUAUACUCUCAUGUUUGGCCUGAUCCAUUUUGUACAAUAAUUGGUUUCGGUUCAGUUUUCAUUACUUACCUCAGUCAAUUUUUGUUAUCCAUUGUCGCCGUUAAGACUUAUCUCAAAGUUGAAAAAAUUUACAACCUUGAUUUCGGAAUCUACGACUGGAAAUUAUUUUUUCAUGCGGUCAACUUAUCACUAUUGGUGACUAUCUUACCAUUCGCCAGUCAUGGAUAUGGCGGUCAGAAUACCUGGUGUGCGGUUAAACAGGAACAUCGAAUCGAAGCAUUUAUAUUGAAUGGCGUGUCGUUUGUGAACAUGAUUAUUGCAGUCUACUGUUACUUUGGUUUGGUGAUUAAGUUGAGAGCAAGAGAAUCGGAGAAAAGGAAAAGUUUUGAUCUGAAUCGAAUAGACGAAAUGGAAGACCAAACGACGAACAUGAUGGUAAACUAUUUUUUGGUUUCCAUACUUCAAUGGGUCUCUGUUUCUGUCUUUUCGAUAGGAUUUAUUUUUGAGCACGCAGAGGUAUGGACACUGGUCGCAACGGCAAUCGCAAUAAAUAUUGGAGGUAUUGGAAACGUAAUCGUCUACGCAUUGAACGAAAAAUCUUUAAAGGACCAAAGUUCCUCAAACAAAUUAUCACAUUUAAAUGAUGUAAUGAUUUCUGUUCAUAAACAAAUUACUUCACGUACAGACCGUGCGAGUGUCAUUAAUACGACUUAUCACUAUGCUAGUCCAACUUGGUAUACUUUUGGACUUGCAUAA